AUGAUUCUGAAACAGAAAACGAAGCAGAUAGGAGUAGUAGGAGUGGCCCUUCUUCUGUAUUUACAGCUUAUUGCGUGUGCCCUAAUAGAGAGCGAUGUGCUAGCGAUAAACAAGUACUGGCAGGACAGGAUAAGCUUUAUAGACAGAGAGAUUAAAGUGCGCAAAAACAUUUUCAAAGUAGUUAAAACCAUCGAGUUUCCCCGGAAGCGAGUUACGCUAAACUCUGCAGAUAACAUAGAAUUGGAAGCAGUGAAUGAAGUGGUGCUUAUAAACAUAAAUGAAAUAGAAAAGAGACGAAAGAUCUUUGAGGCAAGCAUAAACAACAUAAUGAUGCAGACAAACACAAUAAUAAAUUUAUACCAACGUUUAAAAAACAGUAUAGAGCUUGAUAGCGAAAAAAGAGACGAAAUUAGCAAAGAAAUUGAAAACAAAAAUACCGAAAUAUGCAGAAUGAUUCUGCUGGUCUUUAGGGCCAACAGCUCAGUAAUUAAGGAAAUAAACAGCUACGACACAUACAUGCUAAAGGUAAUAGACUGGUGUGUCUCAAAAAAGCUGGAUGUGCACAAUCUAACGCUCUUCAAGCUUGCAAGACAGAACAAGCUGCUGGCUACCAACAUAAUAUAUACUCUCUUUGAGAUAUUUAUGGGCAAAAAAAAAGAAAAUGUAGAAGAUCUGCUGCUGCAAUUGCCCAAUGUUCUGACAACUCACAUCUCAAGCGAAAAUGUAAGCACAUUUAUGGAGGCCAUAAGAAAAGACGUAAAAGAAGGAGCUGCAAAUCUUUUCCAGUCAGCAGAUGCACACCUGCACUUGCUGUGCGACAAACACAACUUUAAAAUCUCCGUGCUGGAUCCAGAGACAAUGUGCAUAUACUUCAACCUCGCAAAAAAGAAUCUUUCAGAAGAGGAAAUAAGACAGUACAUAAACAUCACGCCAGAACAGGUGGUAAAAGUAGUAAUAAUAGAAUUUUUGAUGGCAGGAGAUCUCUUGGACCACAAAGAGAACAAUCUCUUCGCUUCACUCGGUAAAAUAAUACAGAGAAUGUAUACUCAGGACAGCACGCUUCCCAGCACCUACGAAGAGAUGCAAGUAAGAAGAGAAAAACAGAAUAAAAUACUUGAUGUUUUGAGCAUCAUGUGGGAUGACUACGAACUGACAAAGAAGGCUGAAUACACAGAAAUUGAGAACCUGUGCGAAAGCAACGACAUCCCGUGCUUUGACUUCAGGAAGAUAAACAGCAGCUUCCGAUCUGUUGCAUGGAUGUACGCAAUAGACGCGUACAAACCAACUCCUGAGACCGAUUUGGGCUUGGAGCUGCACUUCGACAUGUCCUACACCAAUCCCAUGUGGUACAUAUGCAAAAGAUGCGAGCACAUUAACCGCAUGGCUGCCAGCAAAAAUAACGAGCACGGAACAGAGCCCUUCGCAGAAACAAAAGAUGGCGUGCUUAUAACACCAGACAGAAUAAGCGCAGUUGGCGAGGAUGCAGCCUGUGCAGAACGCAUGAGAAGCUGCAUGAAGGCGUGGUUCACAAAGUCGGCUAAAGUUAUACACAGGAAAGAAGACAGCCAAGAAUACUGCAACCUGGCUGAUGACUUUACCAAGUACCUGAAAAUACACAUAGAGGAAGACACAGAGCAGAAAGAGCCAUCUGCAGAGACAGAUAAAUCUGAACUCUCCAAAAGCAAUCCAUUGUUGCAGAGCAAGUUCUCCUCUGAAGAAAGCACUGAUACCAUUGGUUUGUAA